AUGGCAUCGCAGCAACAAAACCGUGAAGAACUUGAUGAGAGAGCAAAGCAUGGUGAAACUGUGGUUCCUGGAGGCACUGGUGGGAAGAGUCUUGAAGCUCAAGAACACCUUGCUGAAGGAAGGAGCCGUGGAGGGCAGACAAGGAAGCAGCAGCUAGGGUCAGAAGGGUAUCACGAGAUGGGGACAAAAGGAGGCCAAACAAGGAAGGAACAGAUGGGGAGAGAAGGGUACCAAGAGAUGGGACGCAAAGGAGGGCUUAGCACUAUGGACAAGUCUGGUGGAGAGCGUGCUGAAGAGGAAGGCAUAGACAUAGAUGAGUCUAAGUUUAGGAAUCACUAA